UCCAUCGCCCAUCUGCUCCCCUCCCGACCGCUCUGCCCUUUCCUCUGCUGCUCGCCCUCUUGUGCCGGAUGUCCGAAAGCCCCAGCAACGUCCUGGUCGUUAUGCGCGGCUGCCCCGGCUCGGGCAAGUCGACGCUGGCCCAGGCCAUCGCCGCCAACCAUCCUCGCAGUGUCGUGCUCUCGACCGACGACUAUUUCGUCGAUCCGCAUACCCACGAGUAUGACUUCGACCCGUCGCUGCUCGGCCAGGCGCACCAGUGGAACCAGAGCAGGGCUCUGGAUGCUCUCCAGCGCCAAGUACCGCUGGUCAUCAUCGACAACACCCACACGCAAAAGUGGGAGGCCCGCCCCUAUGUGCAGCUGGCCCUGCAGUUCAACUACGCCGUCGAGAUCAAGGAGCCUCAGACAGAGUGGUGGCUUCGUCGGGACGUGGACCAGAUGGCCCGCAAGAACUCGCACGGUGUCUCGGUCGAGGCGAUCGCCCGCAUGCUCGAGCGCUGGGAAAGCGACUUUGAGAUCGAUGCCAUCCUAAAGUCGAGACGGCCAGCUCCGGCACCCCGUCCAGCCCAACCUCGGUCCGGGCCCAGCCCAGGAUACACAGCCACUGUAUCAGUACCGAAGCGCUUGGCAGCAUUCUCUCAGCCUCGGCGACCCAAACUCCCGGCCUCGUCAGCGGUCCCUGUGUGAUUUUAGUCGUGGAUCCCUUUCAGUCCCCUUGAUUUCCUCAGUGACCCCGAUCGCUCCCGACCUGCUUGCCGUCCUCUGAUUCUGUCCUUGCAUCUGUGCUCCACCCCUCGUCGCUGCGAUCGGACCGCUCUUCCACACCGCCAUCGAUGCGUCGGCGCCAAAUCCAGCAACAUCUCAAGAUCAUCCGCGCCGUCUGCCGGUUGUCCACCACAGAAGCAUGUUCUGGCCGCUUGUCGGGGUUGCCGGUGUCGCUGCCGCGAUGCUGGGCUUUUGGGUCGUGAAGGGCAAGAGCCCAGUCGGCACCCUAUGAAUGCGACAUGUAGAUGAGCUCGGCCGAGUACAAUUUUAUAACUCGGCGACGUCUCUCUCUGGCAACGGGAAUGAUGUGUCAACGCCAUCCUAAUGGCGCAGCGUCCCUCCCAUAUACAUUCAGAUUGUACUCUCUUCCCCGUAGCACGACUCUGAAUAUAUCCCUUCAGUCCUCAUCACCGUCGGC